UUCAUCAGAACCAUCUUCAACGCAAACCUCCACAAUUUCAACAACGUCAUACAUAACACAAACUUCUCUUUCAUCAAAUCCAUCUACAAAACAUACUUCGACUUAUACUUUCUCUCAAUCUUCAUCAACAACUUCCGCUGUUACAACUUCUAAAACACACACUUCCAUUAUUUCAUCGACUCCAUCUACAAUAUAUACGUCCAUUAUUUCAUCAACGCCAUCUACAACAGAUACUUCCACCAUUUCAUCGACUCAAUCUAUAAUAUAUACGUCCAUAAUUUCAUCAACGCCAUCUUCAACAAUUAUUUCAACUAUUUCACCAACUCUAGCUACAACACACACUUCCACUUUUUCAUCCACUCCAUCUUCAACACAGACUUCCAUUAAUUCAAAAAAACAAUCUAAAACACAAACUUCGAUUAUUUCACCAACUCCAUCUACAGCACAUCAUUCUUCUACUUCAUCAACUCAUUUUACAACCCUUACGUCCACUAUUUUAUCAAGGCCACCUACAACAAACACUUCCAUGAUGUCUUCAACUCAUUCCCCAACACAUACUUCCACUAUUUCACCAACACCAACUAAAACAAACACUAUUUCAUCAACUCUACUUACAACAGACAUUUCUACAACUUCAUCAAAUCCAUCCGCAACACUCAUUUCUUCUAUGUCAUCAACUCCAGCUACAACACACACUUCUACUCUUUCACCAAAUUCAUCUACAAUACAUACUUCCCCUAUUUCAUCAACGCCAACUACAAUGGACAUUUCUACUAUUUCAUCAACUCCAGCUACAACACAUACUUCCCUUAUUUCAUCAACGCCAACUACAACAAACAUUUCUACAAUUUCAUCAAAUCCUGUGACAACUCACACUUCUACUAUUUCAUCUACUCCAGCUACAACACAUACUUCCCUUAUUUCAUCAACGCCAACUACAACAAACAUUUCUACAAUUUCAUCAAAUCCUGUGACAACUCACACUUCUACAAUUUCAUCAACUCCAGCUACAACACAUAGUUCAACUGUUUCAUCAACGCCAACUACAACAGACAUUUCUACAAUUUCAU